CAAUCUCUAAAUGUUUUCAAGUUCCACCACCAUCAGCAAGGGGAAAAAAAGUUAUUUUCAGAAAAUGGUAAUGCUAAUUGGAACAAAAACGAAAGUUGAAGGCUGAAACAUGAAAUAACAGGAGAUGAUCCAAUUAUGACAGCUCUUGCACAUGGCAUGCAUCAACCUGUCGCCAACAAAUCAAACCUAAACCAAACACUCUGCCAAUAAUAAGCAUACGCAUAUGCACCAAACCAAACCCAUUUCACUCAACACCAUGACUCUCCUCUUCGCCAUCACCCUCUUCCUCAUCUCCUCCGCCACCUCCGCCGCCGCAGACAACAGCAAUUUAACAGUCUACGAAGCACUUCAAGAAUACAACUUCCCAAUCGGGCUCCUCCCAAAAGGAGUGAACAGCUACGAAUUAGACUCUUCAACAGGUAAAUUCUCAAUUAAUCUGAAUGAAACUUGCAGUUUCAAGAUUGACACUUAUGAUCUCAAGUACGCCACUAAAAUAAAUGGGGUUAUUGAGAAGAAUAAGCUGUCGGGCUUGAGCGGUAUUCAGGUGAAGGUUUUGUUUGUUUGGCUUAAUAUUGUUGAAGUUAGUCGCGUCGGUGACGAGGUUCAUUUCUCAGUUGGGAUCGCAUCUGCUGAUUUUUCUAUUGGGAAUUUUGUGGAGUGUCCUGCUUGUGGAUGUGGGUUUAAUUGCCGUGAUCUGAAUUCAAGAGAGAUUGAGAUUGAUAGGCUUAUUUCUUCUUCUUGAUUUGAGUUUUAGUUUAGUUUAUUUCGUUUUUAACGAGGCAUACGCUUUUUGACCUGUUAUAAAAAUGACGUGGUAAAACUGUUGCGUAAAAUAAUCACUCAUCGAUUAUAAGGAUAGUUAAGCUCAAAUCGCUAACAUGUUUGCCUUAAAUUUCCAUUAUUUAUUUACUGCUAAAAGAAACAAUUGUAACAUUAGUGAAAAUUUUGUUAUCUAAAACUAUCAUCGUUUUAUUUUUA